AUGGCGAACUCGUUCGGCGCGCAGAUGAUCGCGAUGGCGUUCGAUGGGCCACCCGAGGUUCCACAGGUACGAGAAAGCAGUGCGUCGCCCAACAGUCGACCCGAAAAUCGCAAGGGAAAAUACGGUCCGCCGGGCCCCGUCUAUGGGCCCGUCGGGGCAAAUCGGGACACCAUGCCAGCGGACGUGUGCACCGACGUUGGACGAGUGUCCCCGUACCGCCCACCCCGGAAUCGGCCCCGCCCCGGACCCGCCCGGAACCGGCAAAGAUGGCUUCCCCCGAAGGUACGAGAAAGCAGUGCGUCGCCCAACAGUCGACCCGAAAAUCGCAAGGAAAAUACGGUCCGCCGGGCCCCGUCUAUGGGCCCGUCGGGGCAAAUCGGGACACCAUGCCAGCGGACGUGUGCACCGACGUUGGACGAGUGUCCCCGUACCGCCCACCCGGAAUCGGCCCCGCCCCGGACCCGCCCGGAACCGGCAAAGAUGGCUUCCCCCGAAGGUCACACUACACCGCCGGUGGACGGAACGCGCGCAGGACCGCGCGAACGGCCCCGACGCGCCCACCCGGCCGACGGUAUCAACAUCUGA